AUGAUUGCGAUCACACUUGUUGCUAUUACCAUUUUUGGAUCUGCAAUGCUUUUGCUUAUUGAAAACGUCGGGGAUUCGACAGAAGAGUUUUCGCACUCGAAAUGUAUCAGAUUUGCUCAAAACUCGUCGCUGAUGUUUGAAGAUAUCAUUGAGGAGCUUGACGAGUGCUUGAAAUCAAUAUCGAAAAUUAAUUCAUUCGAGCGCGCGUUUUUCUUUUCUUGGACAAUUCAUUCAACAAUUGGGUAUGGAAAUUUUUAUCCACAUACCGCCGGCGGCCGGCUUUGGAGUGUCCUUUAUGCCGUCGCAGUUAUACCAUUUUAUAUCGCCUUGAAGUUCGAAUUCGGCACAUUGAUUGCGCGAUUCAUGCUUUUCCUUGCCAACAAGGGAGUCGAGAAAUUUUUAUUAGACGACUCCGGCUCUUUAACUAAUACCAACUUGCCAGUGAUCACAACACGUUGCAUGCCAAUGAAUGUCAUGGAGUGUGAGAAAGAAGAAAUUGAAAUGGAAGAAUCUCUAAUGACGCCUACUUUCGAUACGCCACCCUCAACAGCGAAUGUUAGUCACACUACUAGCAAUAAUGCUCAAAGAAAUGAAUGA